UGUCUGAGGAGCGAAAGUGCUGGCUUUUUAAAAAAGUUGAGGUCAAGUUUAAACUACUCCUCCCCUCUGUCGAGGUUUCCUUUCUUUUCACAUGGUCGUUCCUAAUAAACGUCGAAUAGGCACUCCCUAUCUAUUCUCCCCAUGCCUGCCUUUCACAUUCUGCACCAUCCAUGCACUCCACCGGUCCCACCUUGCUGCCAUCAGCGCCACGGCCUGUGCCCUCUGGUCGCUUUAGAGACCAUGCCCACCCAUGUGCUCCUGCCUUCUUCCCCAACCAAACACCUCAUUGCCGUCAUCACCGCAGGCGUGGCCCUUCGCUUGCCCUAGAGAGCACGCUUACCCAUUGCUGCACAAUGCUGGGAUUGCCUAUCUCUCCCUACCCAACCAUGCAUCCCGACUCAAUGGUUUGCUCGUCACCGCCGCCUCCCUGUCGUGCGUGUUCUAGGAUUGGUACCCGUAUGGUGGCUACUAUAUUGCUCAACAACCAUGGAGAGUCCAAACUCCCUUCCUCUAUUUCCUAUCGUCUGUUACUGGUAUUCCUUCUUCUCCAGUGUUGCUUUCAUGUACUGUCCCCAAACUGCUCGAUCAAAUGCCAUUUACAGUCACCUUGUGCUCGAAAGUGACAUUCGAUCAAAUUUCACACCAAACCAGAAUAAUUCACACACGGGCAAGAAUCAAUUUCAUAUACUCGCGAAGUUGGAGAGCACCCCUCCCUUGAGUUUGAGUUUAUUAGCCAUUAGAAUGGUCGCCCAAAACUUGGCUAUGAUCUUCGCAAGCGUCGAUGCGGAACCACAAGUUUUUUCUUAGAAUUUUAGCAAGCAUUAUGAAUAAAAACAAUAAUAUUUAAAACUAAUUAAUUAAAAAGAACAACAAUAAAGAGUAGAAAAAGGGACUUAUGGUCACUUUCUUGGCAAUAUCGCAGUGACCGCUUGGCAGUGCUCAUGAGGGGUAUGAGUGCCAAGGGGUUAGGGCGAAAGACAGUCACAUCCUAUCCUAAAUCAUUGAUGGCUUUAGAAAAUAUUAUAAUCAUCUACUUUGGACAUGUUUCUUAUAUAUAGUUAUUGUCUUAUACUUUGAUUUUAUUUCGAAAUUUUUUUAUUUACAAAAAUAUUGUAUGGUGAUAAGCUUCAUCUCUCAAUAUCAAGAUGUCAAACAUAAUAGUUUGGGAUAUCGAUCUUGAGUGAGAUCUCGUCAAUGAACUCUUCAGAUUGUAGAAAGCCUCGAUUAUUGUCGAAAUGUUGAUCUUUUCUUUUAUAGUUUUGAAAAUCUUUUAUUUUUAAUAAUAUUACACAUUAAUAGGUCGAUCGAAAUUUUUACUAAUGAGGGUACGUGGGAUAAACCGUGUAAUAUUGAUGAUAAAAGUGAAAAGCAAUUAAAAGUUGGGGAUCAAAAGAGAUUUUUCUUAUUAAGUCAACACGGCCAAUGGAGUGGAGUGUCAUUUUGUAUCAAGAAUAUAAUUGAGUGUCAUUUGGCAAAAACUCAAGGGAGGAUAGUGUAUUUUUAUACAAUUUUAAAUUCGCUAUUUUAUUUUCUGAUACGUUUUUCU